AUGACGGAGAGCGCGGCGGCAUCGGACGUGAAGGCGCGGGCGCAGGAGGCGAGCGCGUGGAUCGACGCGUGGAGGGAACGAACUGGAACGCUGGAUUUCGGCGCGGUGGCUCGAUACGUCGCGGCGACCGCGUUCGAGGUGAGCGCGAUCGGCGCGUUUCUGUACUUUGUGCAGAUGGCCGGUUUGGCGAAGCUGCACGCGAGCAAUUUAGGCGCGGCGAAGGCUAUCACGGCGGUUAUUUUCUUCGGGCUCGCUUUACGCAGCAGGGUGUUCUCGCCGCUCAACGCGUCCAGGCCGAAGAUUGCGAACGAGAGAUUGUCUAAGAAACAGAGAAAGCGCCCGAGCUGGACGCCCCCAGCGGUUGUGUUUCCGUUGGUAUGGAUAUCUAUGGCGUUUCUGCGCUCGUUGUCGACGAUGCUCGUGUUCACGACGACUGGGAACUUGUUGCACCCGGCCGUAAUGUCGCUCGUGGCGCACCUUUCCAUCGGCGACACAUGGAACUCGAUCAAUAACGUCGAGAAGAAGCUCGGAGUCGCCGCAAUCGGCGUUCUUUUUGUAGUCGGCUCCGCGUACAAUGUUGUGGCGCAGUACUACAAGGUUCUACCCACCGCCGGCUACAUGAUUGCCCCGCUGGCAAUUUGGCUCACCGUCGCUACGGCGCUCGUGUGGGGCAUCUGGAACAUAAACGGUCGACAGGUGCUGUACCCGACGAAGCCGCGCAAGUUUGCCUAG